GUUAAUGAUUCUGUUUCGACAGAGUUUCCUCCCUUUGUUGGUUUACAGCAAUGGCAUCCUUAACUCAGAAAGCUAGCGAAGUUGCACGUGAAAAGCAUCCACGAAAACAGGAAAAGUUUCUGCAGUAUGGGACGGCUGGAUUCAGGACAAAGGCAGAAGAUUUGGACCAUGUCAUCUAUAGAAUGGGAUUGUUGGCAGUAUUGGCGUCGAAGGCGAGAAAAGCCACCAUCGGUGUGAUGAUCACAGCGUCUCACAACCCCGAGGAGGACAACGGCGUCAAGAUGAUCGACACCAUGGGGGAGAUGAUGCCGAAACAGUGGGAGGAGUACAGCACCGAGCUGGCCAAUGUCAGUGAUGAGAAGAUCCCAGAGGUCUUGGAGAAGAUCAUUGCAUCCGAGAAGAUCGACAUGGCAACCGAAGCAUGUGUGUCGUAUGCUAGGGAUACAAGGCCGAGCAGUGCCUCCCUGGCUCACGCCUUGAUGGAGGGGAUUCAAGCACUGGAUGGAAAAUUCAAGGAUUUUGGCCUCCUGUCCACCCCUCAGCUCCACUACAUCGUGUGCUGCCAGAACACCAAUGGCAAGUACGGAGCCCCAACAGAAGAUGGCUACUACCAGAAACUGUCAUCAGCGUUCAUCAAGUUCAAGGAAAUGGGAGGGAAGGAAGGUGCGUACCAAGACACCCUCUACCUGGACGCAGCCAAUGGCGUCGGUGCUCUUAAAGUACAGCUAAUCCUCAAACACCUCAAUGACACUCUCCGGAUUAACCUGUUCAAUGAUGGCAGUAGUGGAAAACUUAAUUACCAGUGUGGAGCAGAUUUUGUUAAAAUGCAGCAGACAGCCCCAACAGGAAUGACACUUGAGGCAGGGAGGAAGUGUAUCUCAUAUGACGGUGACGCUGACAGAAUCAUGUUCUUCUUCCAGGACCAGGCUGGCAAGUUUCAUAUGUUAGAUGGGGAUAAACAAGCAGCGCUGAUAGCUGGCUACCUCCAGGAGCUGGCCACACAGAGUGGGCUCAGCCUCAACCUAGGGCUGGUGCAGACAGCCUAUGCCAAUGGCAACUCAACUACCUACAUCACAGAACAAAUGAAAGUCCCCAUCGCUUGUGUCCCAACAGGCGUGAAACAUCUUCACCACAAAGCUAAAGACUUCGACGUGGGCAUCUACUUUGAAGCCAACGGCCAUGGAACAGUGAUCUUCAAUGACAAAGCCACAGAUCAAAUUUUGAACGCUGCUAAUAGUGAAAGCAGUACUGAAGAACAAAAGCUGGCUGCCAAGAGGCUGUCCGUCUUAAUGGAUGUUAUAAACCAGACUGUGGGCGAUGCUAUAUCCGACAUGUUGGUUGUGGAGGCGAUACUAUUUGCCAGAGGCUGGAGUAUUGAGGACUGGGACAAAUGUUACACAGAUCUGCCCAACAGACAGCUGAAGGUCAAGGUGUCAGAUCGCACAGCCAUCACCACGGCGGAUGCGGAGAGGAAAGUAGUCACUCCAGCAGGUCUCCAGGGUGAAGUAGACAAACUGGUGGCCGGCUACACCAAGGGUCGCUCCUUCGUCAGGCCCUCGGGAACAGAGGAUGUGGUGCGAGUUUACUCAGAGGCAGACACAAGGGAAUCUGCAGACAGUCUGGCGUAUGAAGUGGGUCUGAAGGUGUACGAGUUGGCCGGCGGGGUCGGAGACAAGCCCGUCAAGCCUUGACCACUGCUCUGCUAGGAACAUCCACACACCAGCUUACACACAGAACAAUCUCAUUUAAAUCAGAUCUUUUACAAAGAUUGACUUCAUUUACCAUCUUGAUUCAGAAAUUUCAACUAUAAGAAAAGAAAACCACAGAGAACACAAAUAUACAUUUAAUGGUAUUGGCUCUCGGGUAGAUGCAAGGGUGUUAAUAAUAUCCACAAUAGAAUAAGGAGGCCUUUAUUAUUUACAUUCUGAACUGUCUGCUUAAGUUCAUUUUCGAGUCUUUUGCUCUGAAUUCUUUGCUCACUAAUACAAAGAAUUUCCAAGCCUCAGUGCCGAUUGGCUGGUUAUGAAGCUCACCUGAUGAGACCUCCUGUGGAGCUGCUGUCAGAUCAAGCAGAAAGGUGUCAUAGCAGGGUAAAAGAUUUGAUUUCAACCAGAUUAACACAUGGAACAUACUGGCGUUGUUAGUUAGCAGUAGUUGUAACUGGGAGCUUGUGCAGUACACUCAUCUGAUUCCAAAUACUGAACCUUGAUGGUUUUGAUAAUCUAUUUAUUAGUGAUAUCUUCUCACAACGAUAUUGCGGGUUGCCAAUACAGGAACACUUAUCAUUCCUACCAUCUUCAAGAGCGUCCACUAGUCUUUUAAUCAAAGUCUUGUUUCCACCCUUGCCACAUCAAGCCCACUUUCCUGUGCUAAAUAUGAUUGAACUAUCGCACAUGUCGAUAGUCCAAUGAUUGGUGGACGGUGAAUUAAACAAUUUAAAUUGAAAUAAUUCAUCAUAUUAUUAAUACGUAACAACUUGUAAUGUGUGUGAAAAGUCGUACUAAAAUAUGCUGUUUGAAGGGGGCGUGGCCUAAAUGCAAAUGUCCGAUUGGGAUUUUAAAUUUUCCGGACCCCUGGUCCAAUCAGAGACUGUUUCACAAAAUCAACAUCGACGACUGGUACCCCUUCAUAUGAAAGUGAUUUACCACUGCCUGUCUUUGUUGACACGUUUUUUUUCAUCUUUUAAUUCCCCCAACGAUUGACAAUCUUUUUUUGUCAGGGAUCUGAUCGACUAGCUCGUUGCCUAUGGUAGCUGCCAUCUUUGUGAAGCUAUAUGAGAUAAGAACAGCUUGUGAUCUACGUGAGAUGGCGCCCUGGUCGAGCCAAGAAAGUAGCCUUGAUGUGGCAAGGGUAGAAACUAGACUUAUAGGCUAGUGGACAUGCUUGCCUUGGGAAGAUUCAUUCCGACAAGAAUUUUGAGUUACUAAUUUUGUCAGAACCAGUUUGUAUUAUGUUUCAUAGAUCUUAUGUUAGUAUGCAAUUGACACAUUAGGCUGUGAUAAAUUAAUUAUUAGAUUUUCAUCCUCACCAACCUCACAUCAUUUAUUGUCUCCAAGUACUGACAAAGAAAAUCACUAGGACGCCCCUCCUUUCUUUAAAUGAACGUUGGAAAAGAUAGGAAUAUGCCAUACACCUUGUGCAACCAAACAGUAAUGCUUCAUGUGAAACACAUUAGAUGACAUUAGACGUUCACUCAUGCCUUGAACAGUUGGUUUGAGAAAAUAACAUAUAAAAAAUAAUGCCACCCUACUCUUAAUUUUUGAAAUUUUUGGAUUAAAUCUAAUAAUUGAUGUAUUGUGGCCUUAUUAUCAUGGUCAGUUUUUGUAUCAGUUGGACUCCUAUUGGGCAGGAGGUACAAACUCAGACUGCAUUUAUUCCCCUGCCUGAGCAGGCUGUAGUCGAGAGAAAAAAGUGAUGCAAUUCAAGAACAUCCCAGAACCAGUCUAUGUAAGAAGAGCUCCAUUGCAGCACCUUCACAUUUUCUAUGUUCUCUGUAUGGACAGGGGUGUGCCUGUACGGAGCUUGUGGAGAUUCAUACGCUAAGCAAUGACAUCACUGAUUUUGCAUCUUCACAUAAUCAGGACUUGGUGCCAUAUGAUGUCCAAGAACUAGUAUUAAUACAAUUUAUUUAAUAUAUAUUGAUUUGCUUGUUGAUGAUGUAAACAUUUACUAUAUCAAAUGAUAAAAUAAUCCCUGUACCAACCUACAAUAUUUCAUGUCAAAUAUUAAUUUGUAUGCAUUAAUCAUAUUUAUGAAAAAAUUGGAAGAUAUGGGAUAAUGCGAUAUGCUUUGAUGGGCCCGUGGGCUUUCUAACAUGUAAUAUUGACUGUAUUUUAGCCAAUCAUAUUCACAGCGGAGUUAUCAUAUAACACUUGUUACUUUUGCACUGUUCUGUACACAGAAUAGAAUCCUUAUCCAUUAGUAUGUUUAGUUUUGGAAGGUGUCAAUGAACAUUUCCAUAAAAAAAAAAACAUGUUUCUUUGGCAAUUUUUUUGUAAAAGUGAGGAAGGUAGGAUAUUCUUUUAUUUUGGGAGCUUCUGAAUUGUGUUUCUGUGGUCCUAAGAUACUGUAGUUUUCAAAUACGUCAAAAUGUUUUUCACCCAUAAGGUCCCCUAUCUCAUGGUUGGUCACAAAUAAUGGAUAAUAAACGAAUUAUUACACUCGCAUGUGGGUCAUACUGAUUUUACGGAACUCGUGUAAGAAUUCAUGUAUUACCUCGCUCUCACUCGGGAAAUAGAAGUCUGACACACGAUUUGUUAAAUCAGUAUAACACGCAUGCUCGUAUAAUAAACGGGGGCACAGGUGUCCCAGUUGUCUAAGGCGCCGCGAUUCGCUGUGCAGGGUUGCGUCCCUUGGGCACGCCAGAAACCUAUGAUUGUGGGUUCGAAUCCCGGUUCGCCCCGAUUAUGUUUCUAGGUUUGUCAGCACCAUA